AUGUUUGGUUUACAAUCCCUCCAUCGAUGUUGUGAAAGCAACUUUGCCAUAAAGUUUAAAAAGCCAGGCUACUCUAAUGUACGCCACAUCAUUGAUUGCACAGAAAUAUUUAUUGAAACCCCAAGCGACCCAAACCUUAGAGCAGCUACGUGGUCAGACUACAAGCAUCACAACACUGCUAAGCUGUUGGUAUCAAUAACACCACAUGGUUUUUUCAAUUUCUUAUCCAAAGCAUGGGGAGGGAGAACUUCAGAUGUGCAUCUGACAAGAGAAUCAUCAUUUUAUGAUAUCAUUGAACCUGGCGAUGAAGUGAUGGCAGACCGUGGAUUCACAAUUGCUGAAGACCUCUUAAUCAGAAGCUCAAGACUACACAUCCCCCCUGGUAAACGUGGACAAGAGCAGUUCACUAAAGCUGAAGUUGCUAAAACAAAAGAAAUUGCAAAUCUUAGAAUCUUUGUUGAGCAAGCAAUAAGACGGUUGAAGACGUUUAGACUGAUAAAGCAUGAACUACCAAUAUCACUGCUUGGCAGUAUAGACAACAUUGUACUUAUUUGUGCAGCCUUAUGUAACUUGUAUAGACCCUUGGGUAAAAAAUGA